AUGGCAGGCACAUUUUCAGGAUAUGUCCAUAAGCUUCCAAGCCUCGUUAUUGAUUUGGACAAUACUUUGAUAUUCUCCACUGAACUUCCAACUAGACAACAUGAGUUUGAGUGUGAUGUGGGGCGUAAAAAGUAUUUUGUACAUGUGAGACCUGGGACUUAUGAAUUUCUUGAAAAAAUAUCGAAGUAUUAUGAAAUAUUUUUCUUUACAGUAUCGAGAAGAGAGUACUCGGAGUCAAUCAUUCGGCAUAUUGCUCCAUACGUAAAGAAGGAGAAUUGCCUAUAUAGAGAUUCAUGCCUGUUUGCACAAGGCUAUGCAAUAAAGGAUCUUAACAAGAUCGAUAGACCCCUAAAGCAAGUUGUUCUUGUCGACGACAGCUUAGGGACGGCUCUGGCUUUUCCAGUCAAUACAAUAGGAGUGGAACCUUGGGAAGGCAAUAACCAGGAUCGAGUCCUAAUCAAAGAAUUAUUCCCUCUGCUCUUGUCAGCAGCCGGAGAAACUGAUGUUCCACUAGCAAUAAGGAAUUCUGUUAUUGAUGUUAAGCCACAGCAUUUGUAUUUUAAAUAA